ACACACACACACAUCUCAGCACUGAUUCAUGAGUUGGCUGCAGUCUGCUCAGCCUACCUGUUGGUCUGACGUCGGGCCCCCGGCUGAUCGUGGACCUGAUCGCGGAGUUUGGGGCUUAAAACCGACUGAACCCGGAGCGGAUGAGGAACCUAAACAUGUUUCUACGGUUAUUAGUUUGGACUGCUCUGGCCGCGUACCGCGGGGCGCCGACCUGCGACGGAUUUAACGUGGAUGUGAAGUUUCCUGUGGUCAAACAGGGGAAAACCGCCGGCAGCUUGUUUGGGUUCUCGGUGGCUCUGCACAGACAGACCAAGGGCUCCGACAGAUAUCUGCUUCUCGUCGGGGCGCCCAAAGAAAAAGCAGAUUCUCUUCCAAACGUCAACGAAACGGGCGCCGUGUACGCCUGUCCAAUCAGCGAAGACCCCACAGACUGCACCAGGAUUUCUCUGAUCACAUCACGUAAGGAUGAUGCACAGCUGCCUGACAGAAUUACCUGCACUGGGGCAUGUGGCUGGGGCGUGACGGUGGCCAGCCAGCGGAGCCUGAAGGAGGGACGCGUGCUGGCGUGUGGCCAUCGUUACGUGAAGAUCAGCAUAGGCCAGUGGCGGAUGAUCGGAAAAUGCUACGUAAGGAGCAACGAUCUGACCUUGGACAACAGCGAUGACUGGCAAGCUGAUACUUAUGAGCGCUGUAACCCUGCAAACGACCACAAGAAGGACGGGGUGUGCAACCUGGGCAUCUCCGGUGGCAUAACUGAGACCGACGUCGUCCUCGGCACCCCGGGAAGCUAUAACUGGAAAGGGAAUGUCCAUCUAACCUGGAGAGAUCCAAAUCCAGACAACUUUGGGAACAUUAUUCAGAAAACAAUAGCUGACGAGAAUAAAAACAACAUCUAUAUAGGUUAUUCAGUUCUCGAGGAGCGAAAACUGCUGAGUCGUGACCAUCACACUGUUGUGACAGGGUCCCCCAGGGAUGAGUCCAAAGGCUCCGUGAUGUUGGGAGAACAGACUCAGGACAAAAUCCAGAUAAUUCAGACCAUCCUGGGAGAACAAGUGGGAUCCUACUUCGGGAGCAGCCUGGCUGCCACCGACCUCAACAAUGAUGA